AUGGUUGCCAUCGGCGAGAAGAGAGUCAAGAUUGUCAAGAAGCGAACCCAUCGCUUCACCAGACAUGAAUCCGACAGGUACCACCGUGUCCGACCCAGCUGGAGAAAGCCUAAGGGUAUUGACAACAGAGUUCGCCGGCGCUUCAAGGGCCAGCGUGUGAUGCCAUCAAUUGGGUUCCGCAAUGCCAAGGCUACUCGUGACGUGCUUCCCAACGGAUUCAAGAAGGUCCUUGUCCAUAACGCCAAGGUAAGCUUUGUUUUUAUUGUUGUUGAGACUUUAGGGUUUUCUUUGCGAAUGUUUGUAACAUGUUUUACAAUCUUUGUUUUUCUUUUAGGAGAUAUGUUGACUCAAUUUUUUAAAGAUGCUUACUUUUGUAUUUCCUUUUGCAGGAAUUGGACAUGCUUCUGAUGCAAAACAAAUACUAUUGUGGAGAAAUCGCCCAUGCCGUGAGCGCCAAGACCAGAAAGUUAAUCGUCGAAAGAGCCCAGCAGUUGAACAUCAAGCUCACGAACGGAAACGCUCGUCUUCGUACCGAGGAGAGCGAAUAA